AUGCAAAAGGGAAAAGGCAGCAAGAUCACCACUCUCUCCAGUGGGAAGCAACAUCCGCUGGCAACUAAGCUCAACUUAGUGCUCGACAACGGAGUACUGAGAUGCCGUGGAAGACUGGAGAAUGCUGACCUCUGCUCCAAAUCGAGGUUUCCCGUCCUGAUCUCCAAGGAACACGCCAUUGCCAACCUGAUCAUACGUGAUUGCCACCUCAAGGUCAUGCAUGGCGGCGUAGCGCACACACUAUCCCGUGUCCGAUAUCAGUUUUGGAUCCCGAAAGGCAGAUCAGCUGUAAAGGCCCUCGUGCGCCGCUGUCAGACGUGCAUUCGCUACGAAGGCGCGCCAUACAAGACACCUCAGAUGAGUCCGCUACCUUCUACCAGAGUGACCCAAGCGCGACCAUUCUCACACAUCGGCCUGGACUACUUUGGCCCAGUCCUCGUCCGUACACAGUCAGAAACCGCUAAGGCAUGGGUCUGCCUGAUCACGUGCAUGGUGACCAGAGCUGUUCAUUUGGAGCCAGUCCACGACAUGACAGCUGCCGAGUUUCUGCUUGCAUUGAGACGUUUCGUCGCCCGCCGUGGCACGCCAGAGCUAGUUGUGUCCGACAACGCUCCCCAAUUUAAGCUGGCCAAGUCCGCUCUUGACAUUGCCUGGAGCAACAUUGUGGUAGACACCAGUGUUACGUCCUACAUUAGCCGCCAUCAAAUCCAGUGGCACUUCAUCGUCGCCAACUCUCCGUGGAUGGGUGGAAUGCAUGAAAGGCUUGUGGGUAUUGUCAAGCGCUCCAUGCGCAAGACCAUUGGGAGACGCCUCCUCACAUACAGCCAACUCGCCACUCUCCUGCCAGAAGUUGAGUCUGUUGUCAAUUCUCGGCCGCUAGUCUAUGUCGACGAAGAACAGUGCACAGUCCUGACGCCUGGUCAUUUUAUCAGCCUGUCUGCCACACAGGGGUUCUUCACGGUCAGCAACGAUCCAACCGACCCGGAUUAUCAGCCUAUCAAUUCCUCUGCAGACAGCCUGUUGGACCUUUGGAAGAAGGGCCAACGACACCUUGAUCAGUUCUGGCUCGCCUGGAGGAACGAGUACCUCCUCAGUCUGCGAGAAGCCCACACGUCGUCUUUUAAGCAGUCAAGGACUCGAUCCUCAACGUUUCCGAAGCCUGCUGACGUUGUCCUCAUCAAGGAGGAGUUGCCUCGCGGCCACUGGCGCCUUGGACGAAUCCAAGAAGUACACACCAGCAGUGAUGGCAACAUCCGCUCUGCCACCGUCCUCACUUCGGACAAACGUACCAUCAAGCGGCCAGUAAGCUUACUGUGUCCGCUUGAGACCAGCAGUACCUCGGAAUCCCCAGGUACCCCAGCUCAGGAGACCAGCAGUACCUCGGAAUCCUCAGCUACCCCAGCUCAGAAGACUAGCACUCCCGUUGCAGUCGUACGAAGACCGACACGAGCCGCUGCCAGCAAGUUUCAGUCCAACUUGCAGGAUUUGAUCGCCGAUGGCCGUGUUUAA